AUGCUCUCUGUGGCUCGAAGCACACCGGCGAUGCGAGCCAAGGAACGCAUUGUGGCGUGGAUUCUGCUGCUGCUUCACGCACUGGUACUGGCCUUGUCGGUGCUCUUGCUGCUCAGCCCGAACACGCUCUUCAACAGUCAGAGCGGACUCGCAAGUGUCGGGCUCGAUACAGGUGCGCUCUUUGCAUCGUCAGCCCUCGACACCACCGACGCACCACGCCGAAACGCAACCGCAGGGCUCGACCGUCCAUGCGACGAUGUACAAAACACCAUUCAGCGCCAAAUGGAGACGCGUGCGGCGUCAGCAAGUGAAACCCAAGUCAAUAUGAUGUCGUCUUUGGCAGCAGAAGAAUCUCUCAUUGAGUCCGCGCUGCCUCUUUAUUCACUCAUGGAAAGGGCAGAAAAGACAGUGACGGUCGGUGCUAUAUCCUUGCGAGCCAAGAGCUGA